CGUGUAAUACAUGUACACUGACUGAAUGUACGAUUAUAGAUGAAAAACUAAAUUGUAGAAUAUCUGUUAAAUCAUUUUCUACAUUACCAACGGGUGUUCUACUCAUGCGCACAUACACGAUUCAAAUUCUACUUUAACUAUUUACGAUACGUUUAUAAUACUUUGUUUAAAAGUAGCUCUCGAUUGAUAGUAUAGUAUGCAAAGGAGACAAUUUGUGCAGAAGCGUCCAUGUGCUGUUACUUGUGCAAUUAAUUGUAUGAAGAGAAAUAUCGUUUGUACGUUUACGAAUCGUUCGUUUGUAACAUAACCUCAAUAAGGUUAUAUUAUUUUAAUAAAUAUACAUAUAAUAUAAUAAUAAUAUAGGACAUACAUAUAAUAAUAUAGGAAACAUCAAGGCACGUGUGGAACUGUCGUAAAGGGAGAGAGCUAGAUCUUAUCAGAAUGGUAAAGAUAGCGUUUCAGAUAAAAGCUACGUUAGAAAAUAUAGAGGAACUGAAACCAUCGGGAACAGAAUUUAGAUGGUACCUCAAAUUUACUUGUUGCAACUGUGGCGAAGUAUCGGAAAAAUGGAAUUACGUAUCCUUGAGCGAGUCCAUUCCAAACCAAAGAGGAAACUCGGUGAAUCAUUUUGUGAGCAAAUGCAAACUUUGUUCUCGCGAAAAUUCCAUGAGCAUCUUGGAGGAUUCCAUCAAAUCGUUCCUGGCGAACGAUCAGGAGAAAUUCCAAACGAUAGCGAUAUUCGAUUGUCGAGGCCUCGAACCUAGUGAUUUCUCAGCAAGAGAAGGAUGGACUGCUAAAGCCGUAAACGAUGGAAAAGUAUUUACAGAUGUAGAUUUAAGCGAAGGAGAGUGGGUUGAUUAUUGCGACAAGAUUAAAGAACCUGUUGGAAUUUAUGAGAUAGAACACAGAUUUGAAAGAAUGAAAUAAUAAGUUUUAAGCGCUAUCACGUUGUUACUGCGAUCGAUUCACACCUAAUGGGAUAUUCUACGAAAGAUAGAAAUACUUUGAAUUCGAUAUAAAUUUCACAAAAACAGAGGAGAUAGGUUCUCUUUUAGCUUUGUGUCUCUUCCUUGUUUGCUCGUCUUUCCACUACUCGGCCGAUACUCUACUUUAAUGGUAUUCUGUUGAACAAUUUGUUCCAAUGUACAUACAUGUGUAAUGUGCAUACAUAUAUUUAAGUACUUAUGUAAGCAGAGACAUUCAAAGCUGCCUAUAUUGAUUUGAAAUUUGUAAUUUUCUAAACUAGACAAUAAAAAGCUAUUUGUUUGUUGCCAUUGAAAACGUAGAAUAUGAUUUACACGUUCUUGCACAUUCAUGUAUACACAAGUCUACUAUAAUAUGAUAAAUACAUAUUUAUAAUACGAA